GAGUACGUAGUUUACGGAGAACAGCUGGAAGAGCAGUUGCUCAACGACAACAAAACCGCUCAGCUCAUCAUUCGUUUUGCGGACAUCGCGUUAAGCGGACGUGCGGAUUUUUUAUUAGACCACAGAGUUUUGGCAAGCACAUAAAAACGCCGCAAUCAACUUCAAUCAAAUAAAUACCAACAACAACAGAUUUACAAAGACGUUAUUGUAGCACGGGUCAAAGACGAGAUGGGCACCGCAAAUGGAGCCAUUUCUAGGCAUACGGCUUAUCUAUUGCGCUUGAGCUUUGUGUUGAUAUUAUUUAUUUUCGCAAGUUUUGAUAAGACCAGUGCAUUGGGUCGAUUCCGUAAUGGACGUUACGAUGAUGGAUUUCUAGGCGAGCCGAGCAAAUUCGAGUCGUUGCGACGCAAGCCAGAACCGGAAGAUAAAUGGUUCGUGCAGAAGUUGGAUCAUUUUGGAGAAAUGAACAAGGAGCUCACUUGGAAGCAGCGUUACUUUGUGAACGAUGAGUUCUAUCGCAAUGAUAGCACGGCACCAAUUUUCCUAAUGAUCGGCGGUGAAGGUGAGGCAUCGAAGCGUUGGAUGUCCGAAGGUGCUUGGAUUAAAUAUGCCGAACAUUUCGGUGCGCUUUGCUUCCAAUUGGAGCAUAGAUUUUAUGGUAAAAGCCAUCCCACAAGUGACCUCUCCACAAAGAAUCUGGUGUAUUUAACUUCGGAACAGGCGCUCUCGGAUUUGGCUAAUUUUAUACGCAGCAUGAAGAAACAGUAUAACAUGGGUGAGAAUCAAAAAUGGAUAGUCUUUGGUGGUUCCUACCCGGGUUCGUUGGCAGCUUGGGCACGUGAGAAGUUCCCUGAUAUUAUACACGGCGCUAUCAGUUCGAGUGGACCGUUAUUGGCUAAAGUUGAUUUUAAAGAAUAUUUCGAGGUGGUGAAAGCUUCAUUGGCCACAUACUCAAAUGAUUGUUUGGAAGCUGUUGGUCGUGCUUUUGCACAAGUUGAAAUAUUAACUCGUCACAUGAUCGGACAACGCAAUUUGGAUGAAAAAUUCAAAACCUGCACACCAAUCAAAUACUCCAUAAACAAUCCAUUGGAUAUGUCCAACUUCUUCGAGUCUUUGGCUGGCAACUUCGCUGGUAUUGUGCAAUAUAACAAGGAUAACAGGCCUAGUGCUAAAUAUACAAUCGAUGAUCUUUGCAACGUUAUGGUCAAUACCACCGUUGGUCCACCCGUUACGCGUCUUGGUGUGGUUAAUGACAUGCUUUUGAGUGAGUCCAAGGAGAAAUGUUUGGAUUACAAAUAUGAUAAAAUGAUUGCUGAAUUAAAAGAGAUUUCUUGGGACGCUAAAGCCUGUAAUGGCAGUCGGCAGUGGACCUAUCAGACUUGCAAUGAAUUUGGUUUCUAUCAAACUUCGAAUAAUAAGAGCGACACUUUCGGUGAUCGUUUUGCAGUGGACUUUUUCAUUAAGCAGUGCAUGGAUAUUUACUCAGAGAGUAUGGACUCCAAGUACUUGGAGCAAGUAGUUUCACAAACAAAUAAUUACUAUGGCGCACUCAAACCCAACACCACAAAUGUGCUCUACGUACACGGUUCCAUUGAUCCAUGGCAUGCGCUCGGUUUGACUGCAUCGAAGAAUCCCAAAUUGCCCACGAUUUACAUUCAAGGUACUGCUCACUGCGCCAAUAUGUAUGAGCCUGCUAAAACCGAUCCACCACAACUUGUCGAGGCACGUAAUAAGAUUAUUAAAUAUCUUGCACUGCUGUUGGAGAACUUCAAAGUGGAACGUGCUUGAAAACAGCAAAUUAGUUUUAUUGUGAAUUAAUCGUUUUUACUUUACACCGAUACCAAAUGAAAUUCGAAUGUUAUUGAACAAAACCUAUCGAAUAUAUACUUUACUCUACUUGUAAA